AUGGCCGGGCAGAGCCCGGCCCCCGCCACAGCGAGCUGCGCCUCGACGGUGCAGCGGCAGGCCACGUUCAAGGGGAAGUUCCGCGGCGGCUGGAUCGAGGGCCAAGGCGUGUUCGUCGGACCCGACGGCACCACCUACCACGGCGCAUGGGUGGCGGACCGCUGCCACGGCAUCAGCGCCAAGAGCUACGCCAACGGGGACUUCUACGAGGGGUUCAGUAUCAGAAAGGGCAGAGUUAGGUACAAGACAGGCACCAAAGAGGUGAUAUGGAGAAGACUCAUGUGCUCCUGUGAAGGAUAUAGAUCUGUUAAGUACUUUGAAAGGAUGGAUCAAAAAAGACAGCCGCGUGCCCUCACCCGUUGUGGAUGCACUGCUAGGCUUGAUGUGGAGUGGAGUGAAAUUAUUGGCACCUGGUAUGUGAAGGACUUUGUGGAUGUCCAUACACAUGCCCUUGCAAAACCAGAGCAUGUUUUUGUUUUGCGGUCUCAUCGAGGGCUUAAUGAUCCUCAGAAAGCGGAGGCAGUAGAACUGGGACUAGGUGGGCUGCGUCCAUUUCAGAUCAUGGACGUAAUGGAGGCCAGCCACGGUGGUCCAUGGGAGACUGGAUUUCUUUCGCAGGACUUGUACAAUUUCUUUUCAAGGUACAAGAAGGGAAAGGUUGAAGGAAGCGAUGUAGAAUUUGUGUUGAAUCAUAUGCGUCAGAUGCAAGAGAAAGAUCCGGAGUUCUUUUUCACAUUUAGUGUGGAUGCACAAGGCAGGUUGAAGAACCUAUUUUGGUCGGAUGCACAGUCGCAGAUAGACUAUGGUGUUUUUGGAGACGUCGUUGUAUUCGACAGCACUUACCGAGUGAACCGGUACAAUCUUCCGUUUGUCCCUUUUAUAGGAGUUAACCAUCAUCGAAGCACAGUUGUCUUUGGUUGCGGUAUUUUAUCGGAUGAAACUAUCUUGUCAUACGUGUGGCUCCUCGAGGCUUUACUGGAGGCAAUGCACCAGAAGCAUCCAAAAUCCUUAAUUACUGAUGGGGACGCAGCGAUGAUGAGAGCUAUUGAGAUUGUCAUGCCUGAUGCAGAUCACAGAUUGUGCAGUUGGCACAUAGAGCAGAACAUGCUGAAACGGUUCCGUGGUUCGAAGCUCAAGGAUUUCAGGAAGUUCAUAUACCAUGCAAUGGAGGAGGGUGAAUUUGAUAGGCUUUGGAGAGAGUUUAGAGGUACCCAUAAUAUCAAAGAAGAUAACCUAUGGGUAAAUAGGAUGUACGAACUUAGAAGGAAGUGGGCUGCCACGUUCACAAGAGGGAGACAUUUCUUGGGCAUGCAGAGCAAUCAGAGGAGCGAGAGUCUGAACUCAAGGCUUCACAACCAUUUAGACCGAAAGAUGUCCUUAGUUGAUUUAAUGGAGCAUUACGAGUUUUGCCUAUCACGCAUUCGUCGGAAUGAGAUUGAGCUUGAUGCGAGGGCUCUAUGCUCUAUCCCAUUCACUAAGAUUUCUGCUGAUGUUCUUGAGAAAAGUGCUGCGCAGAUCUUCACACCAACUAUAUUCCAGAAAGUGAGCUUCCAGAUAAAAAAAUCAAGUAAUUGGUCGGUGACAGAGGUGACAUUGCAGAAUGGGUGUUUGAGGUACACAGAUUUAUCUUCUGGAGAUAAGCUUACAGCUUCAUUGAUAUAG